UGUCAAUUUCACUGCCAUUUCAUGAAUUGUUUUUACCCGAGGAUGUAGGCUACUGUUUACGCUGGCUAACCGGAUAGAGCGCGACACAGACGAGCACCAGGACCGUGAUAUCCUAAAUACCGCUGCCUUUCCUCCGUUUGGGUCGGGGGGAGGAGGGAGGGAGAGACACCACGGCGGUCACCACGAGCGGGCUCAACCGGGAGAGAACGGGGACAAGGAGAGGCGAGGGACGACUUCAUUACCUCCGCGCAGCUUUAAUGAAGAAGCAAACCGGCUAACACUCCUGCAGAAGGGACCCUCUCCAAUAAGUAUGGGGUCACCAUGGAAACCCUUUCUCCUCUUGUCUGUCAUCAGUGGCCUUUCAGAUUUUGCGAGAGCUGUCGCAGCACGGCCAAUAUCAUAUGCAGCAGUGUUACAAAUGAAAGCAGACAGCUCGUCAGUGUUCAACUCGCGCAGCAGACCUCGACAACACCACAGUGGCGAGCUGGUGACUCCAGACUGGCCUGCUUUCUCCAGUCAUCCGCUGUCAGCCCUGAGUCUGCUCAGCUCUCAGGAGGACUACAGGAGUGAAGAAAGCGAAGAGUACGGGCCUGUUUUCAUCCGUGAGCCAGACGAUUUUAUUUUUCCUUUGUUUUCCGAUGAAAAGAAAGUGGUGAUGCACUGUGAGGCACGGGGGAAUCCACCACCCACAUACAGCUGGUACAUCAAUGGGACGGAAGUGGACGCAGAGGCAGACUACCGCUACAGCUUCAUUGAUGGAAAUGUAAUUAUUACCAAUGCAAGUGAGAGCAGCGACUAUGGGACGUACCAGUGCAAAGCAAAGAACAGUUACGGGACCGUCCUUGGUCGAGAAGCUCUUUUGAAGUUUGCAUAUCUCGGCGCUUUCAGUGGGAAGAUCAGAGGCGGGGUUUCCGUGCGUGAAGGCCAAGGUGUGGUGCUCAUGUGUACUCCUCCGCCUCAUUCACCAGAGAUCAUCUACAGCUGGGUGUUCAAUGAGUUCCCCUCAUUCGUGGCCGAGGACAGCCGUCGCUUCAUCUCCCAGGACACAGGAAACCUGUACAUCUCCAAGGUGCAACCCUCUGAUGUCGGAAGCUACAUUUGUCUGGUGAAGAACACGGUGACGAAUGCACGGGUUCUGAGCCCUCCGACGCCACUGACACUGAAAACCGACGGUGUCAUGGGCGAAUAUGAGCCCAAAAUUGAAGUGCAUUUCCCUACAUCCGUUCUGGCUGCCAGAGGAGUCACUGUCAGGCUGGAGUGCUUUGCUCUGGGGAAUCCAGUGCCAACAAUCACAUGGAGGAAGAUCAAUGGCAACAUCCCCAAAAAAGCGAGACUUCGGAAGUCCCAGGCUGUGCUGGAAAUUCCCAACAUUCAACUGGAGGACUCGGGAACCUACGAAUGCAAAGCUGAGAAUCCAAGAGGAGGCACUGCUUUCAAAGGACAUCUGCAGGUCUACACCCUCCCUCAGUGGGUCAGAAUGAUUAAUGAUACCCAGAUGGAUAGUGGAGAGAAACUCCAAUGGGAGUGCAAGGCCAUGGGGAGGCCCCGGCCCACCUAUCACUGGCUGCUUAAUGGAUUGCCCUUGACAUCCCAGGGUCGAGUUGAAAUAGUGAACGGAGAGCUAACCAUUCACAGAGUACAGCAGGCAGACUCGGGAAUGUACCAGUGUGUUGCGGGAAAUAAAUACGGAGCCAUCUACUCGAACGCCGAACUCAAUAUUUUAGCGUCGGCUCCCGUCUUUGUCCACAAUCCCGUACGGGUCAUUGCCACGCUCGGAAAAGACGUAUCGCUGGACUGCAAACCCAGAGCGUCGCCCAAACCACGGAUAACAUGGAGGAGAGGAGACCGGAGGAUACAGCAAAGUAGAAGGAUUAUGUUGUUACGGAACAAUACUCUGAGAAUUGUCAACUCCAGCCGAGCAGAUGAGGGGAACUAUGUGUGCCGAGCAGAGAAUCAGCUGGGCUCGGCAGAGAUGACUGCCGUACUGUGGGUAAAAGAGGCCAUGCGUGUGGAGCUCAGCCCGAACAGAGUGGAAGUGACCGUGGGGGAGAGCGUGGUGCUGAGCUGCAAGGCCGCGCAUGACUCGUCGCUGGAUGUGGCCUUCCAGUGGUUCUUCAACCAGAAACCCAUCAAUUUUCGACAGGAUGGUGGCCACUUUGAAUACAUCCAAACACAAUCUUCAACAGUGGAUCUGAUGAUUAGGAGCAUUUUGUUGAAGCAUGCUGGGAAGUAUGGGUGCCAUGCCCAGACCAGUGCUGACACGGUGUUCACGGAGGCCGAACUCAUAGUUCGAGGUCCUCCCGGACCCCCUGGAGUGGUGAUAGUGGAGGAGAUCACGGAUACCACGGCCACCCUGUCAUGGACUUGUGCCCUGGACAACCACAGUCCUAUCAGCACCUAUAAUUUACAGGCCCGCAGCCCUUUUUCAUUGGGCUGGCAAACUGUCAAAACAGACCCAGAACCAGUGACAGGAGACAUGGAGUCUGCCAUGGCUGUGGAGCUCAACCCCUGGGUGGAAUAUGAGUUCAGGGUGGUGGCCAGCAAUGCCAUCGGAACCGGGGACCCCAGUGCACCGUCUAGAGGCGUUAGGACCAAAGAAGCAGUCCCGUCUGUGGCGCCAUCGAACGUGAGCGGAGGGAACGGCCGCAGGCACGAACUGGUCAUCUCGUGGGAGCCCGUAUCCGAGGAGUUCCAAAAUGGUGAAGGCUUUGGGUAUAUCGUCGCGUUUCGCGCCAACGGAACCAGAGGCUGGAAGGAGAAGAUGGUGACGUCCGCGGACUCCACCACAUACAAUUACCGAGACGAGACCUUCCCUCCCCUCACCCCGUUUGAAGUGAAGGUCGGAGUGUACAACAACAAGGGCGAUGGGCCAUUCAGCAACGUUGUUAUCAUCCACUCCGCUGAGGGCGAGCCGAGGGAAGCGCCGUCCGAUGUGAACGCUUACAGUAUUUCUUCAUCGGAAAUUAGGGUCACCUGGAUACCGGCCAAACCUGGCCCCGGGAGACCAAGAGGAUAUGAGGUCAGCUACUGGAAGGACGUGGAGCAGGAGGAGUCAGGGGCAAAACAAAGAACUGUGAGGAACGAAACAUCCAUGGUCCUGACAGGACUGGAGGGCAACAGUCUGUAUCUCAUCACUGUAAAAGGCUUCAACAGCAUCGGCCACGGUCCUGCCACUGCAGCUGUCACUGCUAACACCAGGAAAGCCCCUCCUGCUCAGCCUCCUACCAACCUCAUGUGGAUUCAAGAGGGCAACAACGUGUCUUUGAACUGGGACCCAGUAAAGGCAAAGGACAACGAAUCAGAUGUCAUGGGCUACAUGGUGCUACUCAAACAGGAGGGCAGAGGCCACAACCAGGUGACGAGAACCAUCAACCCCUCCACUUUGCUCUCACUGCCAGAGGGAGGCACCUAUAUCAUUGAGGUGCGCGCCCUUAGCGAAGGGGGAGAGGGAGCGGUCAGCUCCCAAGUCCGCCUGGUCACCUCCUCCGGUGUCCGAGCAAAAAGCAACCAGCGCUCAGUGCACUGCACACCUCAGGGCCUGACAUGGACAACAAUGCUCCUGGUUCUUCUGGUGCCUUGAGCUUCCUGGUGAGGCCACAGUGCCAUCCUCAUUUCCACAGAGGGAGCCACCAGUCUUCAGCUCCCUCAACCCCUCUGACUGCCUGCUUGUUUUGGCCUUACCCAAUCCCGAAGGGCCCAAGGGGGGUUAAGUCUGCCGGUUCUUCAGAGUUCAUCCGUUUAAGUUACCUGCUUCUUUUAAGGUCUGGGUGUUUGAUUUGCACAGUUCUUACUGAUAUCCAAAUAGUGCUGUACAUUAGUGUACAUUGCGUGGAAAGAUUUGUUUAAUCAUUUAAUUUUAACAGCAAGUGUUCCUCCCAUUGACUGGCGUCUCACCACCUCCAGACAGCUACGACAGCUCCACAGAGCACGAACAAUUCCUCAAAAGGCUGCUGUGGUAGUCAUACAGGGAUCAGCCAGCCUGUUUCUUUUCAUUACUUAUCAACGUCAAUUUUCCCCUUGGCUGCCUAACAAGCAAUGGAGCAGAAGCUCGGUAGAGAUAAGUGCAUUGUUUUCUUAUUCACACAUUGGUGAAAAGUUUUUUUAAGGAACCGAGAAUCUGACUAUUUCUAGACUUGCUUUUUGUACAUUGUGUUACCUUUAGAGCAAGAAAAAAACAGUGGUGUGUGUCAGCUGUGUCAAACUCUCUGUUUCUUGGUAGUGAUUAAGCAACGCUUGGUGAUACAAUGUGUUGACUGUUGGAUGUACGGAGGUAGGAAACAGAUUCUUAACUUUAGUGCCCGGACACAUCGAUAGACAAAGACAACUCUGUACGGACUCUUGGUGUCAGUACAAAUAAAUGUGAUGUAUAUUUUUUAAAUGGUUGUUUGUAUUUUCUACUUUCAGAAUAGUAAUAUUUCUAACACACUAGGGCUUUUUUUUUCAUUGAUCCAUCUUUUUAUUAUUUUAUAAAUGUUGUCUCUACAGUUUUCCCAAAAUCUUUAAAUUGCAUACUUUGUCUGACCAAAUUUCCAGUGAAAUACAACAAAGACAAUUACCAAAAAGGUGGAGACUGACAAGGUUUGGUGUUUUGGCUUGAUAUAUUUGCUCGAUUAUUGUAGAAUAAAAAUUGUUGAUCAACUAAAUGACAAUCAUCCCGACAAUACAGAUUCACUGUGACACUUUCAUUCGACAUUUUAUCUGCAAAUGUUCAUCAGACAGUUCUGCAGUUUUGGAAAGCAUUUCCCAAGAAUGAUGCAAAUUUGGGGUUGAUUGAAUUCCACACAUGUGGCAUUAAAGGCCAGGAAACAUCUUGCGAUAAAAGAACCACUGCAUGGACAAAUAGGGCAGCAACAAGAGUAUCUCUCCCUCCUCUCGGGCUCCUCUCUUGCCUUUGUCUGCAGGUAAAGCUUAUCUCUCACUGGGCAGAAAUCCAAAUGAAUUUGCCUCAAGUGUAAUUAAUAUUAGAAUGGAGAUCUGUAGUCCUAACGCCGGCUUGCUCUGCCUCUAGCUCCCUGGACUCUCCAUCACAGAGUCGGAGUAACCUGGCUCACCUGCUCAGGUUCAGACAAGGGUCCAAGCUCCGCCACAGGAGAUAGGACACGGCGAAACAGAGGACGAGCACCGCUCCAAGCGGUGUCCA